AUGUCUCUAUCGCAGGUAUCAGACGGCGGCGUCUCGGGUGACUUUGAGCACCCGAAUGCCAACCUGCGCCGGGCCGUCAUUGUCGCUCUUUAUUUUGCAUUUAUCCUGUCAACUGUGUCAGUUGUCUUGCGUCUGGUAGCGAGACGUAUCACAGGCACCGGACUUUUGCUGGACGACUAUCUAAUUGUAGCAGCUUUGCUCUUUAAGUAUGGAUGCUCAAUCGGAGUCGUCAUCUUGCUCUUCAACGGCAUGGGAUCACAUAUCACAACGAUCCCACCCGAGAACCUCGAAGUCUACAUGAAGAUUGGAUGGUCCAAUCCAUUCGUUUACACAACCUGCAUCGCACUCAUCAAAUUGUCCGUCUUAGCCCUCUACAAGCGCCUCUUUACCACACAACGCAUGUACGUUGCCGUCAACGUUGUCGCCUCUUUCAUCAUUCUCUGGACAUUGAGUAUUUACAUUGUUGGGGUCCUGCAAUGCCUCCCGGUGAACAAGUUUUGGAACCGUGAAAUUGAGGGGACCUGCAUUGACCCUGCCAUGUUCUUUUAUGGCAUGCAGAUCCCCAACAUCCUUACCGAUGCUGUCUUGCUAGUCAUGCCACUGAAGCCGGUUUGGUCGCUUCCUGUUUCCAAAAGCCAGAGAGCCCUUCUUUCAUUCGUUUUCCUCGUUGGUAUUUUAACUUUGAUUUUUGAUAUCAUCCGACUGGUAGCCAUGAUCCAGUUUACCCACUCUGGUCCCGACAUCACUUACAACCAAGUCCCCUUCGUCGUGUGGACCUGCAUCGAAGCGGCGGUGGGAAUCACCGCCGCUUGUCUCUCUAACCUGCGACCUCUCUUCCGGCUCGGCCAGCGAGAUUUUUGGUCGCAGGCCCGCCAGUCAGCGGGCCACUCGAAAGAGGAGCUCAACAAGUCGCAGGACCUAUCGUUGGAGGGUAGUAGUAUCAGGUAUGUGCAGGGCGGCAUCUAUACCCGCCACAGUGUGUCUAUCCAGCAUGAAGAGGCUUGA